UUAUAGGUAAAUGGGAACAUGAGUUUGUUGGUUGUGCUCGACCUUUCUCAAAAUCAUCUCUCAUGUGAAAUCCCUAAUUCUAUAUGUCAAAUGCCUUCAAUAAUUUUUCUCGACUUAUCACAUAACAAUCUUUACGGAGAAAUUCCAAAUUGCAAUGGUAAUGCUUCAAGCUAUGAGAUGUUAAAGUUUCUCAGCAUGUCAUAUAACAACUUAAAUGGUUCUAUUCCACAAUGGAUAGGGAACCUACCAACGUUAUUUUCAUUGCACCUCAACGACAAUGUUUUUCAAGGGGAGAUGCCAUUUUUAAAAAAUUGCAGCAAGCUUAUUACCCUUGACUUGGGAGAAAAUUAUCUUACAGGAAGCGUACCUUCAUGGAUUGGAGAAAAAUUGUUGUCCUUAAAGAUCUUACGCUUGCACUCAAAUAAAUUCCAUGGCUCAAUUCCCAUGGAGCUAUCCAAACUAAAAAAACUACAAAUCUUGGAUCUUGCACAAAAUUUUUUUUCUGGGUUAAUCCCAAAAUCUUUUAAAUUUCUUAAUUCAAUGGCCAUCCAAAAUAAGAGGCUUGAACCUCUAAUUCCUGAUGAUUAUAUUAUAUUUUCAUAUCAGAGGCCUGAUUUUUCGAUUUCCCUGAAACUUUUCAACCUUCCAGACAUACUUUUACCUGAUUCAAUAUCGAUCGAUUAUAAAGGAAUAGUUCGUGAAUUCAAAGGCAUACUCUCUCUCGUGAACAUUAUAGAUCUUUCUUGUAAUAAGCUCACUGGAGAAGUUCCUAUUGAAUUAUUGAGCCUUGUUGGAUUGAUGAGCUUGAAUUUAUCGAGAAACCAACUCACGGGAGAGAUACCAAAAAAAAUUGGUGUAAUGCAAAGCUUAGAAAGUUUGGAUCUCUCAAGAAACCAUUUCUUAGGAGAAAUUCCAAAAAGCAUUGUGAUGCUCAGUGCAUUGAAUUAUCUCAACUUAUCCUACAAUCAAUUGUCUGGUAGAAUCCCGACGGGGACCCAACUUGACACUUUUCAAGAAUCAAGUUACUACGGAAAUCCAAAACUCUGUGGAAAACCACUACAUAAAACUUGCGAAAGUGAUGAACAUAAAAUACAUGACGAAGGAGGCAAUUCUCAGGAUGAUGAUGAUUUUAGUUUGUUCCUCGGUGUGGGACUUGGUUUUGUUGUUGGACUAUGGAGUGUAUUGGGGACCUUAUUGCUCAAGAGGACUUGGGCGACUACUUACUUCCAAUUCCUUGACAAAAUGAUAAAUAAUUUUUAUGUAUUUGUCAACAUGAAAUUGAAUCAGUGGUUUAAUCAAUAA